AUGAUCGUCAUUGAUGGAACACGAAUGCCUCCAGAACCAAAUACGAUAAGUACGUCUACAAACAUCAGUCAAACAACAACAACAACUACAAGCACAAUUACAACCACAAGCACAAUAACAACUACAACCACAACAGGUCCGACUGAACAGAGUGGUUUUAAUUCAACCAUUUAUUAUCGUUUGACAACACAAGGGCAAGGCGAUAAUCAAUCUCUUGAUAUUAUUAAUGAUGGUACUAAUAAUAAACUUAGACUUGCUCCAACCGGGGGUUACACUGGACAAUUUUGGAAGAUUACUUUAAUUGGGAAUGGAUAUUAUCGUUUGACAACACUAUGGCAAGGCGAUGGUAAAUCUCUUGAUAUUGCUAAUGAUGGUACUAAUAAUACACCUAUACUUGCUGCAACCGGGGCUUACAGUGGACAAUAUUGGAAGAUUACUCCAAUUGGGAAUGGAUAUUAUCGUUUAACAACACAAUCGCAAGGGGACGGUAAAUCUCUUGACAUUGCUAAUAAUACACCUAUGCUUUCUGCAACCGGUGCUUACAGUGGACAAUAUUGGAAAAUUUCUGCUGUGUGA